AUGGAUGUAUGGGUAGCAAUCAUAUUCGCGAAAUACGUAAUGGCUAGCAUCGAAGGUAGUCCCGGAGGUUGGCAGGGAAUAUCGGCAGGCAGCGAUUAUGGAUCAGGACAUGGCUUAGAAUUAGGUGGCCUGUCCAGUUAUGGUUCCUAUGGCGGCGGUGGUGGACUGGAUCAUGGAUUGCACGGAGGACAAGUUCAUUACGCUGAAGCUGUACCGGUGAGCGAGCACGUGGAAAUUACGAGGCCCGUGCCAGUACCUGUCGUCAAAAACGUUGGAGUACCGGUUGCUCAACCAGUGGCCAUAGGAGUUCCACAUCCAGUCGCCGUAGGAGUACCACAGCCCUAUCCAGUUCACGUACCGGUUGCAAAGCCAGUUGCAAUUCCCGUGGUGAAGACCGUGGCCGUUCCAGUCGAGAAGAAGGUUCCAUUUCCCGUGGAAAAGGUGAUACCGGUCCCAGUAGAGAAACACGUGCCUGUACCGGUGGAGAAACACAUACCAGUGCCCGUGGAAAAACCGUACCCCAUUCACGUGCCGGUUUACAAACACGUAUUCCACAGGGUGAAGUCUCAUGGUCACGGAUGGAGUCAUUAA